AUGUCCAAGAGUCGAACGCCGCUCUACCUGGGUCUCGCCGCGGCCGGCGCAGGCGGGUACUACCUGUAUCGCGCGGGCGGCGAUGUGAAGGGGGCAAAGCAGGAGAUGAAGAUUGAUGCCGACAAGGCGCGCGAGAAGCUUCCCCGUGGAAGUAAUGCGGAGAGGAUGGGCGAGAACGUUGGCAAGGAGGCCGGCGCGAAUAUCGAUGAAGCUGUCGACAACGCCCGCUCUAAGUCUAAGCUGGAUGAGCGUAUUCCUGCCAUCGUGGACGGCGGGAAGAAGCAGUAUGAAGAUGGCAAGAAGCAGCUCGAUGGCCUCCGCAAGGAUGCCCGUGACCAGUUCAACUCCACCGUGAAAAAGGUGGACCAGACCGUGGAGGAGAAGGCGGCCGAGGCGAAGGGCACGGUCUCCGGGUGGUUUGGAGGCGGCAAAAAAUAG